AUGAGUACUACUGCUGCAAAGAGACCUCUGGUUAUUGCUGGAGAUAAUGUCUCAGUGGAAACAGGCGAUCGAAUUAUAGACCAUGACGAACAGGAUGAAGGUAACACGACAUCUUCUGCCAAGAAAUCACAUCACAGUGAGAAGAAUUCCAAAAAUUCAAAGACUCCGCUGGAUGAAGACACCAAGAAUAAAAGAACAGCUCAAAAUAGAGCAGCUCAAAGAGCCUUUAGAGAACGUAAAGAAAAAAAAAUGAAAGAAUUGGAAGAAAAAGUUAAUCAUUUGCAAGAUAUUCAUAAGCAAAGUGAAAUUGAAUCGGAAUUUCUGAGAGGUCAAUUAUUUACACUUGUAAAAGAAUUGAAAAAAUUUAGACCUGAAACUUCAAAUGAUUCAGAAGUUUUAAAUUAUUUAGCUCAACAUGAAGUCAAUGAUAAAAAUUUAACCAGUUCUUUAACUCCAACUGAAAAUUAUAAUUCAGAUUCAUCAAAAGAAGUUCAAUUAAAAAAUAACAUUGAACAAAAGAAAAAUUUCUCAUUUUCUUAUCCAUUCAAUUCAAAAAAUUCAAAUUCAAAUAACAUACCUUCACCAGAUGGUUCAUCUACAUAUUCAUCACCAAAUCAAAAUUCAACUAUAUCAAAAAGUAAUGAUGAAAGCAAAUUUUUGACUAAUAAUAAUAAUUUCUUUAGUAACGAUUUUGGUUCAAUAAAUUCGCCUCAAAAUAGUAUAGCUAAAAAUAACAAUAAUACUAGUACCACUGAGGCUUCUACUCCCUCGAUGAAUUGGUUGGAUAAUAUUUUUUACAAUGAUAAUAUGUUUAAUCAACAAGUUAAUGGAAUGAGUAACAAUAAUAAUUCAAAUAGGAAACCUUCUUCUGUGGCAAGUUUAGGAAACCCUGCUAAUUAUGAUAGCAAUAUGUUAUCAAAUGAAUUUAAUUUUGAUGAACAAUUCGAUGAACAAGUAACAGAUUUCUGUGUAAAGAUGAAUCAAGUUUGUGGGACAAGAGAAAACCCUGUUCCAAAGACUACAUCUCCAUCUGAUUUAUCGUCGACUAAUACUCCUCAAAAUAUAUUAACUUCAGAUUCUAUGACAAAUACAAAUAUUACAAUUCCAUCCUCAGUAGGUUCGAUGUCUAAGAAGUUAAGUUUUGGUGAAAUUGGCUAUAAUAAUGGCUCCAGUAAUAACAAUAGUAGUCCUGCCGUUCAAGGUGCUACUACUACAAGUAAUAUUACUUCAGGUUCAAAUACUGUGGCAAACAUUCCAUUCAUAAAUGAUGCAUUGGCGUUCCCAACAGAAGCUAAUGAUUUAAUGAAUCAACCAAGAUUGAAUAACGAUACACCAGAAUCUCUUGAUAACUUUAAACCAUCAUCGAAUACCAACAGUAAUUUUGAUACUUCUCAAUUCUUUAGAACACCAGGAUCUACUGGUAUGAACAAUGAUAUUUUUAAUCAAUUCUUACAAGAUGAUGAUGACGAAAAUAAUUCCGAUAAUGAAAGAAAUCCAUUGGAUGAUUUAAUUAAUGAAGAACCAAGCGUAGCUCCAAAAUCUACUGAUAAAUUAUCUUUAAAACCUAAUCCAAGCAAUGUAAUUGAUGAGGAUGAUGAUGAUACUAACGCUGUGGUUCCUUCUAAGGAUGGCGAUUUAUUGAAGUGUUCAGAAAUUUGGGAUAGAAUAACAUCUCAUCCAAAAUAUUCAGAUAUAGAUAUUGACGGUCUAUGUGGUGAAUUGAUGUCAAAGGCUAAAUGUUCUGAAAGAGGUGUUGUCGUUAAUGCAAGUGACGUUCAAUUAGCUUUGAGUAAACACAUGGCUUAA